UGGGGCACCGCCACAUCGUCGAACGCUGCUGGCAGUUGUGAUCGCAACACCUUCCCCGAGAAUGAAUCUGCACCUAUGUGUCGUGGUGACGCGCUAUGAGAGGGUGCCGCGGGGACGUGAUCGUGUAGAGCACACCGUCACUCGAUAGCUGCCACCCUCGUCGACCGCUCAUCCGCAUCCCGCAGGCUUCGUCCGUCCAUCCACGUUCAAUAGGGAGAAUCCUGUCCUGUAAUCUGCCAGCCCGCAGUGUUCGUCGUGCGCCGAAGGUGUCUCCCCAACUGACGGAUUGCUGGAGAGAAAGCUGGCAAUUUAGCGAGAAAUAAACGAAGAGGGUGGCGGAAGACGCUGAAAUAACGCAGUUUCAUUCCUGACGGCGAAUAAUCAUCCAGUUCAAGAUUGGUACAAUCAUGAUGAAUCGGGAAAACGAGGAACAGCGACCGAUCGCCCAGACAUUGUGCGGCGCGCUGCAAAGGGAGCCGAAUUGCAAAUGCCUGCUGCUGUCGUUGCUGAUCUACAUCUGCAUCGCCGCGGUAACGUGGUGUAGAUGCACUAACGUCACCAAGCUCAUGGUCAACUAUGCCAAGUUCCCCAUCAGAAGCUCGAAGCACAUAACGUCGCCCUGCGACGAGGGCUACAUAUACAUUCCGGUGGCAUUUAUGGGAAUGCUAUAUCUAGUUUAUCUGGUGGAGUGCUACCAUUCGCCUAUCAGAAUCGAUCUAUUGCACGCCGAGAGCCAGGACAGUGUACUAUCCAAACUGACGCAACUGAAAAUGGCACGGCCGACUAUAUGGUGGAGGGCUGUUUCCUACCACUAUGCGCGCAGGAAACGGCAGAUCACGCGUUACAGGAACGGGGAUAAUUAUAUCACCACGCAGGUCUACUACGAAAGAGUGAACACACAUGUGGCCACUUCCUCCUAUUACUACCAUUAUUGUGGCGUCAAGGAUAUCAGCAAGGACCUGGUGCUUGGAGCGAAAAUACCGAUCACGAAGAUCAUGCUCACCAAAGGCUUCGCAUUCUCAAACAUGACCUCCGCCACUGAAUUCGAGGAGAUUCGAUCGAGAUUUUUUGCCGAACAGGAACUCAGGGAUGACUACUUGGAGAUGAGAGAAGGUCUCGAUAUCGGAAACAAUGUCAAUUCCACAAUGUUGGUCGCCGUUCUCGGCAAUCCUUGGUUCACGAACCGAUAUGUCUACUGGUGCCUGAGUGCCUUGCUGCUCAGCUGGCCGUUAAGAGUGAUCAUAGAGUACAAGACGCAAUACGUCGACUAUCAGAUCACAAAGCUCUUCGGCGUAAAUUACGACACACCAACGUCCGGCGAGCCCAUCCAUGCGUCCAUGAGCCAACUCAGUCAACCAGGCUCUUACAUGCUGGCGCCCAGUUACAGCGAGGCGUUGCUGAUGGACCCAGCGCCCAGCAACGAGCAUGGCCAAGAAAACUGGCAAGGUGCUCAGAACGAAGCGAACGUGGAAACGGACAUGGUGCCGAGCUACUCUGAGGCGCUUCUGUACGAGCGAGCGGAACAAUUAAAUCAGCAAAACGUGGUCAUGAACGUCGCCACGAACUCGACCGACGCGACGACCUCCUGCAACAUAGAGGACCCGAGCGAGCAGAUCCUAACGACCCCAUGCGAGUAUCACUGCCCUUGUCCUUGUCACAGCAACGCGAACAACUACGAGAUCAGAGUGGACGAGCGCAGCUACAUCGAGAUCAGGACGAGCAGUGAACACCUGCCUAUCAGCCCACCACCGCCAGUGAACGACGAUGACACCUUCGAAAGCCGGAUAGCGACGCUGCGGACGACAGCCGACGGUCGCCUGCGUCCCGCCGAGAACCGAACGCCUCGUUCCAUGGAUAACUUGCAGAGCGGAGCAUCGCCGAGCAGAUGCGGCAGUUGCGGAAGGAUGUCCACCAGCACACAGACGAUCAAUUCGGACGACCUGUCGCGCGACCAAGUGCCGAAGACCAAGUCCGGCAGAAGCUCGCAGACCUCGUCAGCAGACUUUAUCUCCGGUGUGACGUCCAAGAGAGAUAAGGAAACCAUACCUUGCAACAUUUCCGAGCCGAACCUGCGGCUACGCUCGGAACCAACGAACGCAUACACGAAGGAGAACGUAAAGAGCUUGGGGAACAUCCUGGAGAACGAGGAGGAGCCGAUGAGGAGCAGCAGAGCUGGCUGCGUCAAUGCGCAGGCAAACUUGCCUAACGAAAGGCCGCACUUUGCUGGACAUCAGAGGUGGACACCGCGCUCCGUUCCACCCUCGCUUUCUCAUUCCCGUUCGUUGUCUCUCGACGAGGAGAGCGUGUCCAGAAGGGCGUAUAUGAACAAUAAAGGCGCCAUUCCGAAGACCGAGGCGCGCAGCAGAAUCACCGUGAACCCGAUAUCGAACGAGGCCUGCUGGAAGCUGCCAAACUCAAAAACAUAUUUCUGCCUCAAGUCGAUCCUUAAGCAGAAUAGGCGGAGGUAUACCUUGGUAACGGCAGACGAGUACCAGAAUCUCGCCAAUCAGGACAUCAACAGGGACAUCAACAGGGACAUCAACAGGGAUAUCAACAGGGACAUCAACAGGGACAUCAACAGAGACAUUAACAGGGACUUAGAGUUUAGAGUUGACGGUUUCGGCAGAGACAAAAAAGUCGAUCACGACGUUUGGGCCGAUAAAUUCGCCGAACGUUCACGCAUGAGGGAGAACUUCGCGAAUCCCAGAAGGAGAAUGCCGUCAUUCGAGGAGUUUAUGAUGGUAGGAGACAGAUCGUACGCGACCAGCGAUCAAAAUAGGGAAAGUACUAGAACGCUCAUCUUCGCCAGUCCUCUGCAAAAGAUCCCGGCCAGCGAUCCUUUCGGUGGCAAGGACCUCGUGCCCGGCAGAAGUUCGAUGGAGCGCAACGUCAGAGAAGAUCCUACCCCGGUGCUGGCGCGUCUCAGCCGAUCGCCGGCUGAUCGAGACAAACGACGGGUUCCCGACUACACCAGACACCGUCGCGUCUACAAUGUUCAGCAAGAGCACCCGGUCAUGUAUCCGUUUAUCCAUUCGCACGCUCCACCUCAACCUCAGCCUCAACAUCAGCAUCAACAUCAGCAUCAACACCAACAUCAGCACCAGCAUCCACAUCAGCACAGAUUGCCGUCGGUGGACCACUCGGAUCGCGUGGACGACUUCCAGACCAACGAACCGUCGCAAUCGUACCGAAGCAACGUCGCCUUUUCUCCCCGCAACAGUCUAUUCUCCGAACACGCGAGCAAGAGGUCGACGAUGAUGACCUCGAGCGAGCAGUACGACAGGUCCAUCAGUGACCGUCGUCCGACUGAUUCAUAUUCGCUGAAUAGAAGACACCAGUGCACCGGUCUGACCAGGUCGUUAACGGAACGACGUCCGAGAGUCGCCCGUUUGGACAGGAACUUCCGAAGAAGCUUCACAGGCAGAGUGGAGGAUUAUAGAACGGAGAACAGCAGACGAAUGAAUUUCAGCAUGGAAACGUCGUUGUAACAAGCAUGAUCGAGCAGUCUAUUAGAGUAAAGUGCAAGUCUCGGUUAGAAGCGACCGAGGCUAAUUCUUUCGUUAACACAAGGUGUCUCUGAAUCAACUUUCUUGAAAGAAAACCGAAGAUCAUUUCUCAAUAUAGGUCUAAUUAAAAGAAUAUCGUUUCACGAGUCACUGAUUUCCUUGGGUAUCUCUGUAAGCGUCAACUGAAAAUUACGUUGACACGAAAUACGUUUGAGAUGAAUCAAAAAGAAACCCUGAAAUCCAUUCGACGAGAAUCGCGUUCUUCCAAGUUUCCUUUACGUCGCGACUAAUACGUUGAUUAGUUUGCUUCUCGUAAAAUUAGACCUUGACGUACGUUUAAGUAGUAAAAUAAUCAAGUUACAUGAAAGACAGUGGUCUUUAGUGAUAGCAAUGAGGAACUCGAUUUCCCAUGAAGGAUAUCUCGUCACGCAGAGUUGAUGAUUUAGAAUCACCUUGCGGUAACUCGCCGAGAGGAAGAGACAGUAAAUUUCUAACUAAGUGACCGAUUAGCCGGUGCAACUCGCUCGUAAAUACGGUUGUACUCCAUCGUCGUGCAAGUUUUCCUCUUCUAUUUACAUUAUAGAUGGGACUUCUAGAAUCUAGUUAGGUACAGAGCGAGCCAUUGACCGAGCUCGGUCUAGACCGAGCUGUCGACUCAGCCUUAAAAAAAAAAAAGUUGUUACUCCUUCGUUCCACGCUACUUGUAAAUAUAUCCGUCCUACUACUUUCGAAUAACCAGAAUACGCAAACGGGUCGUGCGGUUUCAAAGAACAUUCCAACGCGAGCUAUUGCUCGUGACGUCUUCGCUUCAAGACGGCACUCUCGGAAAUGAGCCGCAAUGUUGAGCUUUGGGUCGUUACGGUCGGGCUGUCGGUGAAGCUCGCGAAACAGGCCCGCGUUCACGCGCCACGUUUAGCAUUAAAUACGAUCCGUUUAGAAUAUUUCGUUGUUAAACUAUUGAUUAAAUUAUCUCGUGCGGUAAUUGUACUAGACGGCUCAAUUAGGGAUUUGAGAAGAUUGCGCGAUCGGCUCGUUUGAGUAGCUCGACAGUAGGAAGUUCGAGACAACGUGUCAAAGUGUGCCUCAGUAAACACUAACAGCAACAUUGGACCAAUGUUGUAAUUUCUCGUUCAGCAACGUAAGUUCAAUAUACCAUGCACUGUAUGUAACAAUUACAUUCACGGCAAGCAUGAUGACGUCAGUGACAUCAUUAAUACGUAAGUAACACGCCACUUGUCGUCAUUAUUUUAGUUUGCUGAGUCGUUGCUGAGUCGUUGAGUGGGAAAUUAGAAUAUUGUUGUAACCAUAGACAUAGUAAGAAUAGACAGUCUACUUGACAGUGAGGAUCAGAUAGAAAAGGAAGACAGAAAGCAAGUGCCAUGUAGUUUCUUCUCUCUAACUAGAAAGGAGUGAAAGAGAAAGAUGCAUGACACCUAUCUUCCGUCUCUUUUUACCUGAUCUUCAGCUUUCGUGCUUCAUGCUCGGUUUGUUCUUUUUAACUGAAUUGUCUAAACUGGUGCGAAUUGGUGCAUUAAGUUAGAGUGAGACAAAUAUAUUUUGUUUUACUCUGACUUAUUACACCAGUUCGGAUAGUUCAACUAAGAAGAAUAUACUUCAGGUCUAUGGUCUACUGGUAAUCCCAGACAGCAUGCAAUACUUACAAAAUAUUUUAGAAAUAUACAGAUUAAAUAUUUUAUAAAUAUUCUAAUGUCCGAGAUUUUCAGAUAUGAAAAAGAUUAUGAUAAAUAU